AUGAAGGCGAGCGGCGAAGACGGGGAGGCGCCGGCCGGGGGCCCGUGGGAGCAGUGCUUCGAGGCGGCGGUGCAGCUGGCUUUGCGGGCGGGACAGAUCAUCAGAAAAGCCCUUUCUGAGGAAAAACGUGUCUCAACCAAGACGUCGGCAGCGGACCUGGUGACAGAGACGGACCACGUGGUGGAGGCCCUGAUCCUGCAAGAGCUGCAGACCAGAUUUCCCUCCCACAGGUUCAUUGCAGAGGAGGCUGCAGCUGCCGGGGCCAAGUGCGUGCUCACCCCCAGCCCCACCUGGAUUGUGGACCCCAUUGACGGUACCUGCAACUUUGUGCACAGGUUCCCGACCGUGGCGGUGAGCAUUGGCUUUGCUGUGAACCAGGAACUGGAGUUUGGGGUGAUUUACCACUGCACGGAGGAGCGGCUGUACACGGGCCGGAGGGGCCAGGGUGCCUUCUGCAACGGUCAGCAACUGCGUGUCUCCGGGGAGACAGACCUGUCCAAGGCCCUGGUUCUGACAGAAAUCGGACCCAGACGGGACCCCGCGACCCUCAAGCUGUUCCUGAGCAACAUGGAGAGGCUGCUCCAUGCAGGGGCCCACGGGGUUCGUGUCAUUGGCAGCUCCACCCUGGCGCUCUGCCACCUGGCUGCAGGCACCGCCGACGCCUACUACCAGUUUGGCCUGCACUGCUGGGACCUGGCUGCAGCCACCGUCAUCAUCAGGGAAGCUGGGGGCGUUGUGAUGGACACAUCAGGCGGGCCACUGGACCUCAUGUCAUGCAGGGUGGUUGCUGCAGGCACGCGGGAGAUGGCGGUGCUCAUUGCCCAGGCCCUGCAGACAAUUAACUACGGGCGGGACGAUGAGCGGUGA